UAACAAAAUGAAAUGGCAAUUUAGUGCAUCACAUUCCCUUUAUUUAUUUCCUGUCAUCUUUUUCUUAUUAUUACUCUCUCAGAAUUUGGCGUUAAUCUCAGGCUUCACACUCUCCUUUUUUAGAUCCCUCUUCCAUAAUCUUCUUUCAGGGAUCACCAACAAGAAGGAGAAAUGGGGAUGUCAUUCACCAAGCUUUUCAGUCGGCUUUUCGCCAAGAAAGAAAUGCGAAUUCUCAUGGUUGGACUUGAUGCAGCUGGUAAGACCACCAUAUUGUACAAGCUCAAGCUGGGCGAGAUCGUUACUACUAUUCCUACCAUUGGUUUCAAUGUGGAGACUGUUGAGUACAAGAACAUCAGCUUCACUGUUUGGGAUGUCGGGGGUCAGGACAAGAUUCGUCCAUUAUGGAGGCACUAUUUCCAGAACACUCAGGGUCUCAUUUUCGUGGUUGAUAGCAAUGACAGAGAUCGCGUUGUGGAGGCAAGAGAUGAGUUGCAUAGGAUGUUAAAUGAGGACGAGCUUCGGGAUGUUGUGCUUCUUGUUUUUGCUAACAAACAAGAUCUUCCCAAUGCAAUGAAUGCUGCCGAAAUAACUGAUAAGCUUGGACUGCACUCUCUUAGGCAGCGUCACUGGUACAUUCAGAGCACCUGCGCAACAUCAGGAGAGGGACUUUAUGAGGGUCUUGAUUGGUUGUCUAACAACAUAGCUAACAAAGUACGAGUACACUUUUAAUUGAUUAAAUUGGCCUUAGAUCUUUUCCUUUGAUGUUCAGAUAAACUUUGUGCACUCGUUGUUUCUCUUGUCUUUGAAUCCUCUUUUUAUAGUCCUAAGGCAAUGGAAGAGUUCUUGCGGGUUGAUACUGGAUGCAGGCAGGUUUUUAUCUAGUUUCUUUUCCAAGUCAAUGUGGUUAUGAACAUUGUCUUGAAAGUCAUUUUGCAUCUUGUUCGAACUUAA